AAUGAGAUAAAUAUAUGAAUUUAUUGUAAUUCAUAUUGUUUUCUAUGUUGUCUCUGUGCAUAAUGACUUGAAAUAACAACAAUUUGUAAAUUGAAAAUAUUUAUAUUAGAACCCAAAAGACAUUUAUUAGGUAUGGAUGCUAUUAAAUAUGUUCUUUACUUCCAUUUUUAUUAUAACUAAAAAGCUUACCUUAAUACUUGUCUUUUUGCUCUAAAGUUAUAUGUACUUUUACUUAAGCAAAUAUAAUCCUUAUUAUGUCUAAGCGGCAACUGUAUUGAUUCCAAUUGCUUUAAUUGAUAAAUCUAAUAUAUAUAUAAUAUUGAAUUAGAUUGGAGCAUUUUUGAUAUCUGGACCCUAUAAUUAGAAUUAGUAGAUAUUAUUUGUGAUUUUAAUCAUAGCUUUGGCUAUUUAUAUUUAUGCAAAAUAACAUGUUGAAGAAAUUUUAACUAAAGUAACUUAUAAUAAAAUAAAUAGAAAAAACAAAAAGUUGACUAAGAUGAAAAAUUUUUAUAAGAAUUACCAUUUCCAUUAUUUAUAGUCAAUAUAAAAUCUUAAAUACAUUGGUCAAAUAAAAUGGCUAGAGAAUUAACUGUUAAUUGUGGAGUUAAAUAGGGAGGAUCUUUAAAAGAGAUAUUUUAAGAUUAAGAUUUAUUUUUGUAAUACUUAACUUAAGAUUCUAAAUAAUUGAUUGUUUAAAUGAAUACAGUUUUAAUUUAAUAAUCUUUAGAAUAAAGCUUACUCAAACAAUCAAAUAAAAAUCCUUAGUAAUAGUAAUAAUAAUAAUAAUAAUAAUAAUAAUAACAAAUAACACAAGUAAAUACUGAACUAAAAUUGGCUAAGUUUUAGAGUUAGAAAGAAGAUAAUUUAUAAAAAUCAAUUCAUAAAUAUUUAAAUAUAGCAUGUUUAACAUUGAAUUCUUAAAAAAUUACAGAAUAAAUUUAAAAAGAAGUAAUAAUUUUAUUUAGUUUUAGAUAUUAACAGUUUUAAUUAAGCCAUUUAAAAUCAAUUAAAUGAGAUUGUAUAUGAUAUGUAUAAAUGCAAACAAGACAUUCUUAUAAAAUAAAGUUCUUUAAAAUCAUUUGAUUUAAUAAAUUAAAUAAAAGUAAUUCAUAUUAUUAUAUAUUAAGUGGAUAAUAAAUGCUUAUAAGUUUAUAAUAAGAUUAUUAAAAAUGGGAUAAUAUGAGAAGUUUAGAAAUAAUUAGAGAAUCAGAUUUAAAAGUGAUUUCCUAAUCAAUUGUAGAUUUAUAUAAGAUAAUUUUUGAAUUUGAAACUUAUGAAGUAUCAACAAGUUUCUUUCCAUAAUCUAGCUUAAUAAAUUUUUAAUGUAGAAAUCAUCAUACAUUUUAGUUAAAGGAUUAGUAACCUACUUAAUUGAAGUAUUUGCUGGUAGAUAUCUAUAAAAAUUUACAAGCAUAAAUCUAUACUUUGAUAAUAGUAUCUAAGAUAAGAUGAAAGGUAAUUCUACUAAUUUUUCUUUGAUAUUUAUGAGUAUUUUAGAAUUAAUAGCAAAAUAUUCUGGAGAUAAAAAACCAUCUCUAAAAAUUAAUUGUAAUUUAGAUUAAGUAACAGAUUAAAAUAAAGCAUAUUAAAUUUAAUUGUAAUUUUUAUGGAGACAAGAUGAUGAAUUAGAUUAAAUUUUUAAAGAGUUCUUUCAUUAAUAAGUCAUGCCUAUGGAUGUAGAUCCAUUGGUAUAACGUUACUUGAUGACAAUUAAAAUAUUAUAGAAUUAUUCUGCAAUGAAAAUAUUUUAUAUUGAAUAAUCUGUUGAAUCUAUUGAAUUAUUAAGUGAACUCCAUAUUUUUGUUGAUUUUUAUAUUAGUGAUUCUGAAGAAUCAAAUUAAUAAGUGUUUUAACCACCUUAAUUACAAAUUACUUUUAGUAGAGAAUUUGUUGGAUAGAAUCCUAAUGAAAUAAUGUGGUAACCUAAGAAAUAACCUUAAGUUAUUAUAGAUAAGAAUCAUUAAGCCAUGAUUCGACCUAUUAAACCGAUGCCUCCAACUUUCUUUAAUAAAUAAAAUUUACCCAUUAAUGUUGAAGCUAAAUAACCUAAAAAUUAAGAUGAGGACAUUUAAGAUGAGGAUGUUAUUUAAAAAAGAAAAAAACUUAUUAAAGAAUUGAUAUAAGCUUAAUUUAUAUAGGUUGCUCCACGUCUCUCUGAAAAAAUAGCUCUUUUGAUUAAAAAGAAAUUAGAAAGCUAAGCAAAUAAAUUUGAAGCCAUUUAAUUUUUUGAAGAUCAUGAAAAUGAAUUAGAUAAAGAAGAUUAAUGUGAAGAGAAUGAAGAGUAAUCGGAUGAUGGAACAAGUGAAGGCAUUAAGGGGAACAGCUAUGAUGAAGAAGAAUAAUCACAAACUACUCCAAAUUUAGAUUCUGUUCCUGUUAAUAGAAGAUAUAUGAAUCUACCAUUAUAAAGUGAAUUUUCUAAUUGUGAUUCUCGAACUACAAAUUAAAUGCUUUAAGCAUCAGAUUUAUCAAUUAUUACAUACAAAAAAUUAAAAAUUGAUUCAAUUAUUGAAGAAAUUAAAUCUAAUCAAAUUGAUGUUGCUGAUUUCAGUUAAAUUACAAUGAAUGAACAAUUUAUUCUAAAAAUUACAGAUGCUUUAGAGAAAAACAAUUCACUCAAAACUUUAAAAUUCGUUAAAUGUGAUCUUAGUGAUCAAAUACUUAUUAAAAUAUUAGAUUCAAUUUCAAAAACAUAGUAAAUUUUAUAUUAAAUUAGAAUUGAGAACUUACAUUUAUAACAUAAUUUAUUAUAAGAAAAAGCUUUGAAUCAUCUAAUUAGUUUAAAGUAGAGUUUAAAAGAAUAUCCUAUAAAAGAAUUAAAUUUUCACAGUAAUCUAGUUAAAGAAAUUUAAAUCAGCAAGGAGAAAGCAUAAUUAUUAAAUCUAGGAAUAAAAGUAUUAUUGGGUUGA